AUGGCCGCUGUGCACAUCGAGGACUGCCCCGCGAUUGCGAGAGCAUCACACAGAGCCAACGCCGGCACUUCCCGUCGCCAGAGUGCGAAGAGGCUCCGGUCAAAACAUGCCAACACUCUCGCCACAGCCUUCGACGAGGGGGCCGAGCCCUUCGGCGUGGCGCUGGCGCAGCUGUGCCAGGCAUGGCAGGAAGAUGUGCGGCAAGCCACCGCCAUUCUAAAGCAGCUGGCAAAGGCCCGGCGCGCCGAUGUGGCGACAGCGACUCUGAGCAGGAUGCCGGAGCACGAGGUGGCUGUCAACGAGUUCCACUAUGGGGCGUGUCUCGGGGCUUGUGCCAAAGCUGGCAGCUGGCAACUGGCCCUCAGCCUCGUCGAGCAGAUGGACGCCGAGCAGAUGAAGGUCGGAGUUGUCGCUUGGACAUCGGCAUUGACUGCCUGCGCCCGGUCGUCAGCUUGGCGGAUGGCCCUUUGCUUCUUCGAGCGCGCCGUGCGCGCCUGCACCGUGGAUGCGGCGCUCUACAGUGCAGGCAUUUCUGCCUGCGAGAAGGGCGGGCAAUGGCAGAAGGCACUGGACCUCCUCGCUGAGAUGCCAGAGUCAGGUGUGACGCCUAACAUCAUCAGCUACAAUGCUGCAAUCAGUGCUUGCGCUGGCUGCGCUCGCUGGCAGCGCGCCUCCGCCCUCUUCGACGCUGCAUGUGCGGCCGGCCCCACCCCCACGGUCGUCAGCUACAGCGCCAUCCUCAGUGCUUGCCAGCAGCCUGCAAAGUGGCAGUGCGCCGUGGGAACGUUCUGGCGAUGCAAAUCCGAGUCCGAGCCGGACAUAAUCGCCGGAAACUCGCUGGUGGCAGCGCUGGAGGGCGGUGCGCGCUGGAGCGAGGCCCUCCAAGUGCUUGGUUCCCUGGCCAGUGCUGGGCUUUUGCUCGAUCGUUUUGGUGCCAACGCCGCCCUGAGUGCAGCAGCGAAAGCGAGUACCUGGCAGAAGUCUUUGUGCCUCUUCCGCUUCAUGAACCAGCGGCCCAUACACAGGAAGAUGAUUCCGGACCACGUCACUCACAGCGCGCUCAUCAAAGCCCUCGAGGGGGGAGGCCUUUGGCACCUUGCCUGGGCCUUGCUUGGAAGCAUGAGAUCGUCGGGCCUCCGCCCGAAUGUGCUGGACCAGACUUCGUGCAUCGAGGCGGGGACCUGGUGGACGGCCGCCCUCGGAGCUCUCCUGGGCCAGCGCCGCGCCGACUCGCUGCUGGCGGCUGCCGCCAUUGGCUGUAUGCCUUCAGAGACCCAGAAGGAAGAGCUGCUACUUGCCAUGCUUCAAAGAUGGGAAGCCGAAGGGACGAGCGAACCAUUGGAAACAGCUCCUUGGGAGGGACCCGCGGCUGCCCCGGACGUCGAAAUGCUUCGCACCUGCCCAGGCGUCGUGGUGGUGAACAAGCCGGCGGGUAUCCGCACCGAAGCCGUGGCCUCCGCUGCGCGGUGUGAAGCCGCGGGCCUUUUUCCUCGCGGCUUCCACUUGGCCUCACGCCUGGACUCACCGACCUCGGGGGUGCUUCCGAUCACGUGCGGACCUCCAGGUUCCCUCGAAGCGGAAUGGCUUCAACUCCAAUUUGCUGCGCGGAGAGUGAAGAAGGAGUAUUGGUGCCUUUGUCAAGGAGUCUCCCUUGGCUGCCGUGGUGUCACCGGCGAGGUGCGCCACCCGCUGCUCACGAGGGAGGUCGAAGAAUGCGUUUUCCGCACCGAGGUCUCCGCUCUUGGGCGUCCUGCGCAUACUGCCUACGAGGUUCUCGGCAGAUAUGAGUCGCCAGACGUGACCGAAGAAGAGGAGAUUACUCUGCUGAAGGUGCAGCUGCUGACAGGCCGCACACAUCAGAUCCGUGUCCACCUGGCCAGCAUCGGGAGGCCUCUGAUCGGUGAUGUGCUUUACGGCAUCGAGGUCCCUUGGUGCUCGCGCUUGUUCCUUCAUUGCCGGUCCCUGCGCUUUCGUGACCUCUCACGAGCCAUCGUGGAUGUUGAGGCCCCCCUGCCGCAGGAGCUUAGUGAGGCUUUGGCUUCGCUCUCGGAAAUCGACGACGGCAGCGAGGAGGAAAAGAGCUACAGCUGCAAGAUCGUGUCGUGGGACGACGUCAGCAGGGGCACUGUGGGAGGUUCCCUAUCUUGCUGGGGUGCCAACAUUACCGACACCUAUCUCAAGAGCCGCAGUGGCACAGCACUCUUCACCGUCCGGAGCAACAACUGGAACGAGAAACUCGGGUAUAUCGGAGCACAGGACCCGUAUGGAAAGUACGCCGGCCUCCCCGGUGACACCGACCUCUCAGAUGCCGUGCUGGACGCAAAGUGCUCCAUCCGCUUCCAGACGACGUUCCUCCCCGUGGAUUCCGGCAGCAGUCGAGGAGCCCUGGAGUUCGCCAGUGAGGCCUACAACUACAACACCACGCAGGAUGGGCGUGGCAAGAAGCGCCUGUACCACCACGCCACGGAUGGACAGGGCAAGAUCCAUCGCUACUGGCUGGAGGCGGAAGAGAGCCGCCACAGCGUCGGCGGGCCGCAGGAGGAGACCGCCGAGGAGCGAGCUGACGCACUCCGCAGAGGCAAAGCCACUUCCAGCGUGAUCGGUAUCAAGGCCAUGGGCAAGCGCUUCAACGUGCUGAUGACCAUCCAGGUUCCCUUGAAGCAGCGUGCGUCUUCGGCAUCGAGGUUCUUGGCAGCUAAGUACAUGAUGGACCUUGGCAGCAAGAGCACGGUCACCUACGGCCCAGGAGGGGAAAUGAUAGUGACGACCACCAGCUGCUACGCACAAGAGGACACCUCUGCAUUCGGGAAGGGAUGCCUGAGAAGCAUGGGCUGGGACGACCGCGGUCGCUGCAGGGACAGAGAUCGAAGCAGGAGCAGAGGGAGGACCGGUCGAAGCAGUGCCGCCCGGGUCUCCCGUGGCUCAGAGGUCGAUGUCUGGCCCGGGCUGUCCGUCAAGGCGCCGCAACGCCAUGACUCCGAGCACGUGACUAUCACGGUGGUAGUCUACAACGUGGUGAAGGGGGGCGUGCCAAGCACAGAGGAUGUUAUCAAUGCGAUCGAUGACCUGGAAAAGCUUUACAGUGCUUGCUCCGGCAACGCACGACUUGCUGACAGCUCCUUUGACUUCAUGAAGCAGGAGUUGAAGGUCAAGGACAUGCUUGACAUUUCCGCUAAAGUCCAGUUUCAACCUCCUACCUCGGAGGUCGAAGGCUUCGACGCUUUUCCUGUAGUUUGA